GGUACUUCGGGGUAAUGGCUGCUAGGUGAGAUGAGCGGAUCGGCCGCAUUCUUUGAGUGCGAGGCUCUUCCAUCAAGAGGACCGUUAACUCGGGCGUCGCCGAGUUAAAAUGGUCGAUAUCCGACCUGAAAAGUAUCCCGAAACAGUUGUACAUAUUGCAAACAUCGUCCUACAGAAUCGCACCCACUCUUUACAUCCCGUCUUGUUGGUCAGUUCUGCCUGCCGAUCAGAGGUUAAGCUGAGGCCAUGGCAGUGAAGGACCGCGUAGAGUCGGUGCUCAAUGUGGGUCUGCGUGUUCCCAGCAUCAUGCUGCUGGAUGUCCUGUACCGCUGGGAUGUCAGCUCCUUCUUCCAGAAGAUCCAGCGCUCCAGCCUCUCCAACAACCCCCUGUUCCAGUACAAAUACCUGGCCCUCUACCUGCACUACGUAGGUUACAUCCUGAGCUUGGUGCUCCUGACUCUGCCGCGCCAGCACCUGGUGAAACUCUACCUGUAUGUCCUCACGGCCCUGCUGCUGUUCGCUGGUCACCAAGUCUCGAGGGAUUAUGUCCGCAGUGAACUAGAGUCUGGCUUUGAAGGACCUGUCUACCAUGAACCCCUUUCCAUGAACAGAUUCACCACUGCACUCAUAGGUCAGCUGGUGGUGUGUACACUAUGUUCCUGUGUGAUGCAGACCAAGAGGAUUUGGCUUUUCUCCGCUCACCUCCUCCCUUUGGUGGCCAGACUGUGUCUAGUGCCGCUGGAGACCAUCGUCUUCAUCAAUAAGUUCUCCAUGAUCUUCACAGGCCUGGAGGUCAUCUACUUCCUGGCUUCUAAUUUGUUGGUACCAUAUAAGCUGGCCAAGACUGCCUACAGGGAGCUGGCUCAGGUGGUGGAAGUGUACGGGCUGCUAGCGUUGGGUAUGUCUCUGUGGAACCAGCUGGUACUUCCAGUUCUCUUCAUGUGUUUCUGGCUCCUGCUGUUCGCAUUGCAGAUCUACUCCUACUUUAGCACCAGAGACCAGCCUACCUCAAGGGAGAGGCUCCUUUUCCUCUUUCUUACCAGUAUUGCUGAAUGUUGCAGUACGCCGUACUCCCUGCUGGGUUUGGUUUUCACCGUCUCCUUCAUCGCUCUGGGAGUUCUCACACUCUGCAAGUUCUACCUGCAAGGUUACAGAGCCUUUAUGAAUGACAACACCAUGCACAGGGGGAUGACGGAAGGCAUCACCCUGCUGAUCCUCGCUGUCCAGACCGGCCUCAUCGAGCUUCAGGUCAUCCACCGAGCCUUCCUCCUCUCCAUCAUCCUCUUCAUUGUUGUUGCUUCUAUCUUGCAGUCCAUGCUGGAGAUAGCUGACCCCAUAGUCCUGGCCCUGGGAGCAUCAAGAGACAAGAGUUUGUGGAAGCACUUCAGAGCAGUGUCUCUGUGUCUCUUCCUGCUCAUCUUCCCAGCUUACAUGGCCUAUAUGAUCUGUCAGUUCUUCCACAUGGACUUCUGGCUACUGAUCAUCAUCUCCUCCUCCAUCCUCACAUCACUGCAGGUCCUCGGCACUCUGCUGAUCUACAUUCUCUUCAUGGUGGAGGAGAUUCAAAAAGCUCCAGUCGAGAACAUGGAUGAAGUCAUCUACAUUGUCAACGGGACGUACAGACUGCUGGAGUUCCUGGUCGCGGUGUGUGUGGUGUGCUACGGCGUGUCAGAGACGGUGUUUGGCGAGUGGAGUGUGAUGGGCAGCACCAUCAUCCUGGUCCACUCGUAUUAUAACGUCUGGCUCAGAGCACAGCUGGGCUGGCAGAGCUUCCUGCUCAGGAGAGACGCUGUGAACAAGAUCAAAAGCCUCCCCACGGCCAGCAACACGCAGCUGGAGCAGUACAACGACAUCUGUGCUAUCUGCUACCAGGACAUGAACAAUGCAGUGAUCACUCCAUGCAGUCAUUUCUUCCACGCUGGCUGUCUGAAGAAAUGGCUUUAUGUCCAGGAGACGUGCCCCCUCUGCCACUCGCAGCUCAAGAGCCUACCAGCAGCCCCCAGCCAAGAAGCCCCUGCAGCCAAUCAGAUCCCUGCAGAGCAGGAAGAAGCGCCUAAAAACCAGACGGAUGACUCUCUUGUAGAUGGUGGGAAGGAGGAGGGAACGGGAGAGCAGGAGGGAGGCAGUGGAGCAGCCGCGUCAGCUGGAGAAACCUCCUCUUCCUCUUCCUCUUCCUCUUCCUCUUCCUCUUCCUCCUCCUCCUCCUCUUCCUCCUGUUGUGUGCCCUCCACUUCACAGCACCUGGCCAAGACUCCUUCAUCAUCUUCUUCCUCUCUUUCCUCAUCGGCACUUGUGACUGAAUCACAGAAGCAGUUGCUCACAGAUCAUCUUUCUUCGUCUUCCUCGUCUUCUUCAAACACAUUGGACAUGACCCCAUCUUUCUCUCACACCCCUCCCUCACAACCAGCGGCCCAGACAGAGGAGAGCCUUGCUGAGCCUGAGCCCGCCCCUCACCUAAACACAGGCUUCCUAUUGGACAGUCCGGAGUCAUCUGCUGGUCAAACAUCAGAGCUUGACCAGCCCUCUUCCUCUUCUGAAGGACAGUCGUCUCCUCCUUGCAGCCUCUGAGCCCUGUUCACACACACACACACACACACACACACACACACUCACACUCACACACACACUCACACUCACACUCACACUCACACUCACACACAAUCUUAAUACUCCCAUCUACUUAUCACAUCAUGUCAGAAAUUGAACUCCAAACGCCUCCAUUUUAUAACAGAAUAUUUAAAAACCAUCUAAGCUGAUAUUCAUCACUCAGCAUUUGAAAGAAACACAGAUGAUGACAAGAUGUUGCCAUUUCUUCGGCAAUGGUCAUGGAACAGUCUAUCCAAAUGUAUUUCCAUGAAGAGUUUAACUUUCAUGCCAGCAAUGAUUUCAUUUUCCAUUCAACACAAAAAAGGGGAAUGAAGUAAUCUCUAAAAGAAUGAGUAGUUUGACAUUAUGUCCACGAAAUGUGAAAUCCUGAAUGAAACUGAAGAACCACAUCACAGCUUUUUACUUUGAUAUUAGUCCUGAAAUGAUGCUUUCUGUCCUUCUCAUUUCACGUGGUGGGUGCUCCCAUCAUGCCUUUGUUUGUGCAGCUUCUCUUUCAAUGCUGUGCAUCUCGUAGUAUUUGGGUUUUCUUUUGGAGUCCUGUAUGUGCCAUGAUCUAACGAGGAACGGUUUAGAGAGCCUUGAGAGGCCAGAGAAAACCGAUGGUUGCAUUAUAAACAGUGACAAAGUCAUAAUGUUCAUAAAGUCUAUAGAUUUCUCCAUCGGUUGGAUAAAGAUAUUUGGUUUUCACUGUUGGAGGAAAGCAGUGUACGAGUGAACACCCUGAGCAUUAACAGACUGAAUGUUGUUUCUUAAUCACGUGACCUGAAGCGCGGUGCUAAGCAGAGGACACAUGGCAUGGUCUAUUUAAGUGUUACAGUGAACAAAUCAAAGGGUUCACACGUGGACGAACUAAUUCAUUUCACUUGUCAAGCUUUCUUUCUCUCUCUCUCUUCUACUGCUUCAAUAUUUGAAUCAAACUUGUUUGGCUGGUCCCAGCAAAAAAAAAAAGGCUCUUCUCCUCAUCGCCAAAACUUUUGUAUAACUGUUAAAAAUAUGUUAUUUUUAAGAUAACUUUGACAUUACUGCUUUAUUGGACAGCCCGCAGUGCAGACGGACUGAAAAAAGGGAGAGAAAGACAGAGGGAGAUGACACACGGCAGAAACCACUGUUUAGCUGAGAAUGUGGUGGGAAUAUAAUCCCCUCGAUGUCUUUACUUCAUGGUACUCAUCCGCACUCAUCUCCCUGAGCUCAGCUCAUUUUACAUAUAUAUAUUUAACCAGUCACAUACCUUCCAAAGUUUACCAUUGCCAUGAAUUCAUGGUAGGAGCCAUCACCAUGCUCCAUUCAGCUUAAACCAAUCACGUCAAAGCACCCUGUAUUUCCUAAAACCAUCACUAUCCUGCUGCUUAGUCACUCUAUGAAAUGUUAUUACCAGCAAAUUGAGCCGUUUGAUAGGAAAGCUUUUUCCCCACACGAUGGUACGCUCUCUGACGGCACCUGUGAUUAGUAAACGGGGUCGGACGGGAUGAAGUGUGUUUGUGUUUGUGUUGAGUCUGAAUGAGAGACUGACACUUGAGAAUGAGUCCUGAUGCACGCUUGUAUGUAGAGCCUGCACGCUGCCACUGUUACCACAGCAUUUAUUUGGGUCUCCAAUGUCCUCUAACCUUGCUACCAAUAUAUAUUUUUUUCAUUUUUCUUGUUUUUGGGGUUGCAUUUGCACUAAUGUCAUUUAUACUAGCAACGCUCCAAAGCUGUCCUUCGGCUGUAAGCAUCCAAAUACCCUCUGAAGUGUUUGUGUACGAGGAGACAGCCCAAUCUGUUUGUGUGUGAUGUAUAUAAAUGUUGCUCUGUAUGGCAUCUAUAUUAAAUCAGAAGAGUGUUGAUAUAUAUAAAUAGGACCAGGGCUGGGUUCCUCCAAAGCUUCCUUGUGGUUUGAUGUUCCUGAUUACUUGUCAUGUCAGUGAACAAAGACAAACUUGUGUGUGAGAAGCUUUGGAGGAACCCCGCCUCUGAUGUGUGUGACCAGCCAGUGUUGCUGCUUCUCCGCUCUGUAUGACGCGUCUUUGAGCUGGUGUGAUCACUCUGAUGCCCUCUAUUGUUAGGAGUGGGAUCAGCAUGUCGCUGACUGACAGGAGAAGCACUAGUUAACCCUCAAAUGUAUUAAUUACUACCACUAUAACGGUCUUAUUAUUAUGAAUGACUUAACUGUUGACAUUAGAAAGCGUUGGCUGCAGGGCUGAGAAUGAAUACAUAAUCGAUGUAGGAUCAAACCUGGCCAACGCUGUUUAACUCUGUUGAUUUUUUUUUGUAAAGAGAUGAAAAGUUUGAUGUAUUUUGCACUUGUUCCUCAAAAAAGGUGAACAUAAGGACUUUUCUGUAUUCUUGAAUGACUCGAUCUCAUUUUUAUUAUCAAGCUCCAUUCCUUCGACUUUGAUGUAAAACAAAGCACUUGAAAUGGUUACAAAGAUUUAAAAGCGUCACACACUCUUGGGUUUUCACUGUGGAGCAUGAGCUGUGUCGAGGAGAGGAAUCACCUGCACGACAACAUGUCACAUGCUCCACACGAUGAGAACCGUCAUUGGCAAUUGUAUUAGAAUUAGCAGUGCAGUAUUACGUGAUAAAGCCUGUCCGCUGUAGAUUCCAUAUGUAUUUGCUUACUUUAUACUCCAUGUUGGAGAAUUGCCGUUAUUUGGUCACUUUUCUAGACAAUGAACUGUGACAUAUAUAGUAUUUUAUCUUAAACUCAAUAUUUAUUUUGUGACUAUACAGUAUUUUUAUUUUAUUACCAAGAAGUUGGAUACGUUAAACUAAGCUUUUCAAUGUUUAAAGGCAUUAUUUGCAUGCAUUUUAGAUUUAAUCUGUGGAAUUUACUUCAUUUAAAAAGUAUUAUUUACUGAAUUAUAUUCUCUAAUGCUCCGCACAUUGAGCAACAAACAUUUUAGAUAGCAUCUCCUCCUGUAAGCUUUAUGUUCUGUUGUAAAAAUGGUACAUGCAAUAAGUAAAUUAACCGCAAUUAUAUUUUAUUAUUGCUCUUAAUCAACUGGCUGUGAAAAUACCACUACAAAAGAAAGCCAAUGUGACCUAUACAACCCAAUAUUUCUUAAAAUGGUAGUUAAUGUGUAUUCAUUCAACAUUGCUUGUAUUGAAUGUAAUGUAGUAAGCAUUAGAGGAUCUGCAUACAUGUAUCCAAUAAUGGCUGAAGUUACUUUCCCAUCUGAAAUCCAGAUGUUUGAGGCUAACUUUAUCACACUUUGAUUAAGCAUAUAUUGUAAUGGAAUCUAUAGCUGCAACAGAGCACUCUGAAAACAACACUGCUGUCCAAUGCUAUUGCCUCUGACUUACAGACGUUAGUUGAUGGUGUGCAGGGCAGCUCUAGAGAUGCCCGACAGAGUUUUGUUUGAAUUUGUUUCGGUUUCUUUUGUCUGUUUAUUCCAGACACAUUUGGGACCUGCUCUGUAAACCUGACUCUGAAUGCCGGUUGUUUUUAAAACGCUUCACAGUUGGUGUUGGAAUUUAUGCCUGACAUGCCUUGGUUAUUUUACAAAAAUUGAAUGUCAGAAAUAAAAUGAACCAUCCGUUCUGAUCUCAU